UAUCGCGAAAAAGCUCAAGGCUAGACUAACGGCUGGAGUUCAUUACAAAAAACAUCAAAAUAUAAACAAACAUGAAGAUCUAUUAUAACUAUCAAUGCUGAAAUACUGACUUGCAAUGAAUUGGAAUCGAAGAAAUACCAGUGAAAUAUCAAUACACAACUAUCCCGAACACUUGAAUCCGUUUUACGAAAAUGAUAAUCAUAAGCGUCUCCGAUUUUGGAAUUUUAGCAAAGAGGGGAACAAUAAAAGAAGGAGCUUUUCAAUUGGAAAUUUGAAAAAUAUAUGGUCUUCCUAUUCGCUUUCUCCCAAAAAAUCAUCGACAUUGGGCAUAAAUAAAACAUCCGAAAGCCCACCGAUAUUACGGAAAAAUGUAAACAAUAAUGCUUGGAAAAUGCGUGAAAAUGAUUUGGAUAGUAGUACUCCAAAUCUAAAGGGCUUCGGCGAAGAAUUUCAUAGAAGGUCUUUGCAGCAUAUCGAUACAACAAGAAAUUCUGAUUUAAAUGUGUUUUUUAAUCGAAAUGAUGAUUAUCGAAGAACUACUCAGUUUUCUGGACACUCAUCUCCGAAGCAGUUUACAAGAUUAUCGCAGUCUAGUUUGUCAAGUAAUAAUCCGUUCGAAUGCGAAGUCAACACAGAUUUCAACAUUCCAAUAAGUAAUAAAAAGUAUCGGAAAAAAAGGCGAGCUCCACAGCCACCUUCCCCAUUGCAAAGUGAUAUUGAAAAUCUUUCAAUUAAUGAUAACGGAGGACUUGACAUUAAAUCACUUGCGAAUGAAAUAGAACUGUUUGUUAAUGAGAGAUACGAAUCCCCGAUAAAUUCUGAUGCAAAGAGGGAACAACAACAUCUGAUUGACCAAAAUAUACAAAAACCAUCAUUGGCUCCUAUAGCAUCGGAUAUCGACGUUAAAUUGAGUGCGACUAAAAACCCCGUCAAAGAUACCACAACUAAUAGCAUAGAAAAUGUUAUAUAUGGAAAAGGGGAAUUGUCAAAUAACAAAGUUAUAGUACCUGGGGUUGUUGGCAACACAUUAACAAAUUGCAAUAAAAACCAGCCAAAUGAAAUACAUCCACAUGGAACAUUGGAGUGUACUGAAGAUAUUGAAGCAAAUGCUUUAACUAUAAAAGAUUUGGUUCUUCCAAUCACCAAGCACUUAAAUAAAACUAUAACAAAUGAGAACAAUUUUGAAGAAAAUCGUAUUUCAAAUACUAAUACUAAAUUACAGAUAGAGAGAUACGAAUCUCUGAUAACUUCUGAUGCAAAGAGAGAAAAACAAAAAAUAGAAAAACGAUCAUUGGCUCCUAUAGCAUCUGAUAUCGAUGUUAAAUUGAGCUCGACUAAAAACCCCGUCAAAGAUACUACAAUAAAGAGCCGAAAUGGCAUAGAAAAUGUUAUUUCUGAAAAAAGGGAUUUGUCAAAUAACAAAGAUAUAGUGGCUGGGUUUGUUGGUAACACAUUAACAACUUACAAUAAAAACCAGCCAAAGGUAAUACCUCCACAUGGAACAUUGCAGAGUACUGAAGAUAUUGAAGCAAAUGCUUUAACUAUAAAAGAGAUGGAUCUUACAACCACCAAACCCGUAAAUAAAACUUAUAACAAUGAAAACAAUUUUGAAGAAAACCCUAUUUCAAAUAUUAAUAGCAAAUUACAGAUAGAGAUAUACGAAUCUCCGAUAAAUUCUGAUGCAAAGAGGGAAAAACAAAAUCUAAUUAACCAAAAUAUAGAAAAACCAUCAUUGGGUCCUAUAGCAUCGGAUAUCGACGUUAAAUUGAGUGCGACUAAAACCCCCGUCAAAGAUACUACAAUAAAGAGCCGAAAUGGCAUAGAAAAUGUUAUAUGUGAAAAUAGGGAUUUGUCUAAUAACAACUAUAUAGUGGCUGGGUGUGUUGGUAACACAUUAACAACUAAUAAUAAAAACCAGCCAAAGGUAAUACAUCCACAUGGAACAUUGCAGUAUACUGAAAAUAGUGAAGCAAAUGGUUUAACUAUAAAAGAUUUGGAUCUUACAACCACAAAACACGUAAAUAAAACUUAUAAAAAUGAAAACAAUUUUGAAGAAAAUCCUAUUUCAAAUACUAAUACCAAAUUACACAAGCAUGACCAAGAACAAGACCACCCUAUUUCAAAAGGUAAUAAUAGAAAAUAUCAAUAUGACAAACCUUACACAUGGAAAGAAAAUCAAAAUUUUACUGUUUCAGAGGAAACCAACAACCUUCCAAAUUUAAUGAAAAAGUUUGCGUUGAACGAAUCUGUAUCAUAUUCUAAGAACAAUGUUUAUGAUAAUACUCCUCAAACUUCAACAUCAACAGAUCACAAUUCAAACCAAUUGAGCCUACAAAAAUCAUUAAAUAAAGCUAUUGAAUCUAUAAAUCGUAAUCAACAGCUGUUAAAUGAAAGUGCAGCCAAAGGAACAAAAUUAAACCUUACAUAUUUGAGUCAGUGUGAUGAAACAAAAUUUGUCUACGCAAAUGAAUUAAAUAGCCCAAACGUUAGAUGUUCGGAGCCGGAAUCAAAAAAUAUUUCAAACUUCACUUCUAAUACCGACGAAAUUUUAUCAAAAACUGAAAAUAAUAUCUUUUAUAAAACAAAAAUAUUGAAAACGACGGGUCAGUACAGAGAGUCAUCCCCAACGUCAUCAAACUUAGAUUGGAACCCUUUACCAAAGCCAAAGCGAACUAGUCAUUAAGAAGCUUUAAUUGUACAGAGUCCUUUCCAAUAAAUAAAUUGAUCUACAUAUA